AAAGCCUUAAAAAAUAAAAAAAUAAUAAAAAGGGGAAAAAAAAUGGUUCUCACAAACCCAAGUGAGAUUCAGACAGAAUCUGAAACACAGUAUGACAGACAAAGCGAACUCAAAAAGUUUGAUGAAUCAAAAAUUGGGGUGAAGGGACUUGUAGAUGCCGGAGUUCAAAAAAUCCCAAGGAUUUUCAUCUAUGAAAAGAACAAGCUUGAAGAAGAAGAAGAAGAGCAAGAUGGGUUUUCUCAUGGGGUCUCAGAGUUCUCUGUUCCAGUAAUAGACUUGGAGGGCAUGAAUGAUUAUGGAAAUUUACGCAAUGAAAUUGUCAAGAGAGUUGGAGAAGCAAGCGAGAAAUGGGGUUUCUUUCAGGUUGUCAACCAUGGAAUUUCGUCGAACACUUUGGAUAACAUGAUUGAAUGUGUACGCGGAUUUCACGAGCAAGAUGAUGAAGUAAAGAAGAAGUUCUACUCACGUGAAUAUGGAUCAAGAACCAUCACAUACAACACCAAUUUCGAUUUGUAUUUUAAGUCUGCCUCUAACUGGGUCGACUCCAUGUAUUGUUCUAUGUUUCCCACUCCAAUCAAUCCUCAAGAAUUGCCCCAGUUAUGCAGAGAUAUAAUGAUUGAAUACGCGGAGAAAGUAAUGAAACUGGGGUUUAGCAUAUUAGAGUUGCUAUCAGAAGCACUUGGUCUGAAUCCAAACCAUCUAAGAGAUAUGAAUUGUGGAAGAGGAUUAUUUCUUGUGGGUCAUUAUUACCCAGCUUGCCCUGAACCAGACUUAACAUUUGGUAAUGGUAAGCAUACUGAUAAAUCCUUCUUCACCCUGCUCCUGCAAGAUCAAUCAGGUGGACUUCAAGUCCUCCAUGAAAAUCAAUGGGUCAACGUUGUACCUAUUCCGGGAGCUCUUGUUGUAAACCUUGGAGAUAUGAUGCAGCUAAUUACCAACAAUAAGUUCAAAAGUGUGUACCACAGGGUGCUGGCAAAGAAAGUUGGCCCAAGAAUCUCUUGCGGGAGUUUUUUCAGACCAGAUUUCCUAAAUGAAGCUAAUCCCCAAGUGUAUGGACCAAUCAAGGAGUUACUUUCAGGAGAAAAACCACCAAUAUACAAGGACACCACUUUUAAAAAUUAUCUCACUUAUAUGUUCUCAAAAGGAUAUCUUGGAAACUCUCUAGACCAUUUCAAGUUGUGAAGUUUCACUAAUGUGUAUUAACAUUCAAUUAGAAUGCUGGACUGUAUUUAGAUUUGAUUAGACUAUUUUAAAUUUGGUUUAAUAAAAAUUUAAAUUGUCCAAACAGUUGCAUUCCAAAUGGGCAAUUUCAA